AUGAUGCGUACGGCGGUUUUGCCCUCUGGCCUCUGUUCUUGGUCGGAAGUCGUGACGCAAUUAUUUCAGGAAUUAGAAGCUAUUCGCCGGUUUGGGAAUAUUGCUCCGGCUAUGGAGGUUGUCGAGACGGUAUGGCGCCAGCAAGACCUCUCAGUGCAGGACGAAAGAAAACACCAGAGAAUCAGGAAUGCGAACGGGAAAGGCGAAAAGGACCCCUUGCAAGGAGCCCGCUUCUCAUGGGAACAUGCAAUGGUGAUGUUGGGAGAUUGGAAAGUAAAGCUUGACAUGAUCAAUUUCUUAGCGACAAAGCUUUCCAUAUUUCAUAAUGUUAAAAUUGAGAUGAUAUUCAGUGGCGAACUGUUUGGAUUCAACAACUACCGAGCUAUUCCCAACACUGACGGCGUUGAUACGUGA